CAAAGAUCAUCAAAAACGAGAGAAAGCAAAGAGAAGUAGGAAGAAGAUGUCGGUGAUAAAGGAUUGUGGCGGGCACAAGGGGUGCGAGUGCGAGGAGAAGAAGCUGCGGCGGAAGGUGGUGUGGGCGGUGGUGGCGCUGCUGCUGCUGACGGUGUUCGUGGUGCUGGUGGUGUGGGUGGCACUGCGGCCGCACAAGCCGCGCUUCUACCUGCAGGACCUGUCGGUGCUGUGCCUCAACGUCACGCCGCCGGCGUCCACCUACCUCUUCACCACCAUGCAGGCCACCGUGGCGGCGCGCAACGACAACGGCCGCGUCGGCGUCUACUACGACAAGGUGGACGUGUACGCGCAGUACAAGGGCGCGGCCAUCACCGUGCCCACGCAGCUCCCCGUGGAGUACCAGGGCCACUACGACCAGUCCGUCUGGUCGCCCUUCCUCCAGUCGCUCGACCACGUCGUCCUGCCGCCCUACCUCGCCGUCGCCCUCGCCCAGGACGAGACCGCCGGCUACGUCCUCAUCGACAUCCGCCUCGACGGCUGGGUCCGCUGGAAGGUUGGCACCUGGAUCUCCGGCCACUACCACCUCCAGGUCAACUGCCCCGCCCUCCUCACCGUCAACGACGGCAAGGGCAGCUACGGCGGCACCACCGGCGGCGGCGACGGAUACUUCCGCUUCCAGCAGGCCGCCGCCUGCUCCGUCGAUGUCUAGACUAGACGUACCGUACAGCUUCUUUUUUUUCUUCCAUUUCCUAGCCCACACUCAAUUUCUCCUGCUUCUUUAUCUUUCAUUUCGAUCUCAACAAACAUAUGUUAGUUUCUUCCUCUUCUUGGUUAAUUUUCUUCAGAAUCAGUAUCAUAUAAGUGAAGAAAAUCGAUCGAUCACACCGGAGUUAGUACCAGCUUCAUAAUUUAGACCGUAGUUGGUUGGAGCUAGUGUAGCUUGGAGUGAAAGGGAAAUUUGUAUUCUGAAAAGAUAGGCGUACGUACAGCUGGGGCGUAGACGUGAAGGCUGCUUCAUACAUGUUGGAUUAAUAUUGGAUUGAUGGACCUGCAUAAUUCGAUUUGCAUUGCAAUAAUUCGAAGGUGGGUACACUAAAUAUGUUUAUUAUAUAUCUCCUGGUUUUCUGAUCGUCUUGCCUUUCAAUCUUUUCUCUAAAA